CAAAGGCCAAUUAUUAUUUAAAUAUAAUGAACAAUAUUCGGAGGGUCCUCCACGUUCUCAGUAUCUAUACCAUAAUCAACUCAUUACACGGACACUCAUACAGCAGUCUUCAUGGCAAUAGUAAUAGUAAUAACGGAUGGACGUUGCAAAAAUUACUAAGCUCACCUAUUGAUUUCUUGAAGCAGAAUCAACAAUAUGUAAAUCAAGAAUUACCGGAUAUGACACCCCAGUUUGGAGACAGAUACGAUUUUAUAGUGAUCGGCGCCGGUACGGCUGGAGCAACCAUAGCCGCAAGACUAAGCGAAGUGCCACAAAUUAAAGUACUGUUGAUCGAAGCUGGUUCCAAUGAAAACCUCUUUAUGGAUAUCCCAAUAAUCGCUCCCAUCUUCCAGAUAUACGAUACAAUAAAUUGGCACUAUCAGACCAAAUCAUCCCACAAGUACUGUCGUGGCAUGAAAAAUAAUAGUUGCCAUUGGGCGAGUGGAAAAGUAGUCGGUGGCAAUAGUGUGCUAAAUUUUAUGAUAGCAUCUAGAGGCAGCGCCGAAAAUUACGAUCGAUGGGCCGAGAUGGGGAACGAAGGCUGGGCAUACCAGGACGUCCUCCAGUAUUUCAAAAAACUGGAAACAAUGGAUAUUCCAGAGAUAAAAUCGGAUAUUAACUACCACGGUACCGAUGGACCAGUACAUAUCACAUACCCGCCAUUUCAUACCCCGUUAGCAGAAGCCUUUCUAAAAGCUGGCAAGGAGCUGGGAUAUUCACUAGUGGAUUACAACGGAAAGAACAAAAUAGGAUUCUCAUAUCUGCAAACCACAAUCAUAAAUGGCACUCGCAUGAGUAGCAAUAGGGCAUACUUGCAUCCCGUGCAUGGUCGCACCAAUCUUCAUUUAACUCGUGAAAGUACGGUGACGAAAGUGCUAAUCAAUCGUAUUACAAAUCGAGCAAUCGGCGUAGAAUUCAUCAAGAAUAAGCAAACAAUACGUGUGUUUGCGAAGAAAGAAGUAAUUCUAUGUGCAGGUGCCAUUAGAUCGCCGCAAUUAUUAAUGCUUUCCGGCAUCGGACCAGCAAAACAUCUUACCGACCUAGGCAUAAAUAUAAUUCGAGAUGCGCCAGUCGGCGAGAACCUCAUGGACCAUCCAACCUUCUUUGGAUUGUCAUUUACAACAAUUGCAGCAGCAGAUUUCAAGUUAUUCGAUAUGAUAAAUCCGUUUCAUUCGCAUAUAUCGGACUUCUUAAUCAAUCGAAUGGGAACGUUUACGAUUCCGGGCGGGUGCGAGGCCCUCGGUUUCGUCAACACAAAACAGCCAAAAAAUAAUAAUAAUUUACCAGACAUCGAAUUAUUGUUUGGCGGUAAUGCAAUGAAAGAGCUUGUUCCCCAAAGGAUGCUCCAACUUAAAGAUCCUAUAACUCAGGAAUGGGAUAAGUACAGUCUCAGCAAUGGCUGGACUGUUUUACCAAUACUGCUGAAACCUAAAAGUCGCGGUAGAAUAACAUUGUUAGCUAGUGACGUUAAUGUUAAACCAGAGAUCGUGCCAAAUUAUUUCGAUGAUCCAGACGACGUCAGGACAAUGAUUGCUGGGAUUAGAACUGCGUUAAGUAUUGGUCAGACAAAGACGAUGCAAGCGUUCGAUUCUAAAUUGUUAAACAUUACUUAUACGGAAUGCAACAAUUACGAAUAUGACUCCGACGCUUAUUGGGAAUGCCUAAUAAGGAUGCUAACAACGACACUUUAUCACUACUGUGGCACUUGUAAAAUGGGACCUAGUGGAGAUCCGACUGCUGUCGUCGAUCCCAGAUUAAAGGUCAUUGGUGUUGAAGGAUUACGAGUAGCAGACGCAUCCAUUAUGCCCGAAAUUAUAUCGGGGCACCUAAACAUUCCUGUAUAUAUGAUCGCCGAAAAAGCGGCAGAUAUGAUCAAAGAAGAUUGGGGUUACUUAUAUAAUAAUUAUAUAAUAAACUUUUAUGAAAAAAUAGCAUUAUCUAUCAACAACACUUUAUCACUACUGCGGCACUUGUAAAAUGGGACCUAGUGGAGAUCCGACUGCUGUCGUCGAUCCCAGAUUAAAGGUUAUUGGUAUUGAAGGAUUACGAGUAACAGACGCAUCCAUUGUGCCCGAAAUUAUAUCGGCGCACCUAAACAUUCCUGUAUAUAUGAUC